AUGUUUUUUGCCAUUUUGUUAGUAAUCAUUUCAUCAUCUUCCUCAGUCAACGCAAUAACAGCAGCAGUUGAUAAGAAGUAUGGAAUGAUAGGAGAGCCAGACAAUCCCAUGUGUUUUGCUUCCGAACCUUCCACAGUACUAACCAACAUACGAUCCUCACUGGAAUGUUCUUCCAAAUGUUCUCAUUAUGUUUCUCCCACUGAUGGUAACAUCACUUGCAACGCAUUCAACUACGUAUCCAACAAUGCUAGUCAUCCACCUAAGUAUUGCCAACUGUUUCAUUUCACUUGCGAUGUUCAUCACAAGAUUGUUCUGAAUAAAACUCAUUGCCGGGGUUAUAAGGCUAGAACAAACAUUACCAUCUUAACCCUGAGCAAAUCCUGCAACUUCACAUUCACCUUCAACGGUGGAUUGUUCUACUCUUGUUCCAACUCACUGCCUGGCAUCAAAAAUCCUUGUGCUCUCUACAUGUGUCUCACUGCUGACAGGCAGUUGUCCAUCUGUCUUGAUCCUCAUGGUUUUGGAACUUACUACAAAAACUUCUGGUUGGGCUUGGAGAAGAUGCACCAAUUAACGACAUCGGCUGAUUACAGGUUGAAAUUUGAAGUUCUCAUCAAAAUCAGUUCGGAGCUUGAAAAAUAUUCCCUUCACGUCUCUGAAUACAGUGGAGACGGGUUCGAUGUUUUGAACGCUCCACUACAAAAUGGCAUGAAGUUUUCAACGCCUGACCAAGAUAACGAUCAUCAAUUGCGGUUCGACCUACUCAUCUGGAAAUUGGUAUAA